GGGACUCCUAUUCCAGACUACGGUGGUGACUGGCAUCCAUGUGGGGAGGUCUCUGAUCCAAGCGCCAACCUCAUUCCACGUAAGAGUACACAUUUAGGAGAGAAUCACUCUAAAUAUGACGCAUGUGAGGAAAUACUUAACCAGUCCUCCAGUGCUGGUGAUCAGAAGAGGAUUCAUGUGGUGAAAAGCCCAUACACAUGCAAUGAACCUGGGAACAUACUUAGUCAGUCAUCAAGACUACAUAUCACUAAGAGAAUCCGUGCUGGACAGAAAGGUGACGUUUGUAAGGAAUGUGGCAAAGCCUUCAACAGGCUCUCAGUACUCAUUCAACAUCAGCGAGUGCACACUGGAGAGAAACCUUACGAAUGUGAAGAAGGUGGUAAAACCUUUAAUGAUGCCUCAUCAGGAAAAGUACAGAGACUAAUCCGUACAGGAGAGAAACCUUACACACAUAAAAAAUGUGGGAUGGCCUUUCCCCAACGCUCACCUCUUACCAAAUAUCACAGAACCCAUACUGCUGAGAAACCUUACCAAUGUAAGGAAUGUGGCAAGUUCUUUAAAUGGCUCUCAGUCCUUAAUGUACAUCACCGAAUCCAUACUGGAGAGAAACCUUACCAAUGUAAAGAAUGUAGCAAGGCCUUUACUCAGCAGUCAGACCUUAAGAAACAUCACAAAAUCCAUACUGAAGAGAAACCCUACCAAUGUACAGAAUGUGGCAAGUUCUUUAAAUGGCUCUCAGCCCUUAAUGUACAUCACCGAAUCCAUAUUGCACAGAAACCUUACCAAUGUAACAAAUGUGGCAAGGCCUUUACUUGCCAGUCAGGCCUUAACAAACAUCACAAAAUCCAUACUGGAGAGAAGCCUUACCAAUGUAACGAAUGUGGCAAGUUCUUUAAAUGGCCCUCAGCCCUUAAUGUACAUCACCGAACCCAUACUGGAGAGAAACCUUACCAAUGUAAAGAAUGUGGCAAGGCCUUUACUCAGCAGUCAGACCUUAAGAAACAUCAUAAAAUCCAUACUGGACAGAAGCCUUACCAAUGUAACGAAUGUGGCAAGGCCUUUACACAACAGGCAGGCCUUAGCAAACAUCAGAAAUUCCAUACUGGACAGAAGCCUUACCAAUGUAACGAAUGUGGCAAGUCCUUUACUCAACAGUCAGGCCUUACCACACAUCACAGAAUCCAUACUGGAGAGAAGCCUUACCAAUGUAAAGAAUGUGGGAAGGCCUUUACUCAGCAGUCAGGCCUUAACGCACAUCAUAAAAUCCAUACUGGAGAGAAGGCUUACCAAUGCAAAAAAUGUGGGAAAUUCUUUACUCACCACUCAACCCUUACCAAACAUCACAAAAUCCAUACUGGAGAGAAGCCUUACCAAUGUAACGAAUGUGGCAAAUCCUUUACUCACCACACAACCCUUACCAAACAUCACCGAAUCCAUACUGGAGAGAAACCUUAUCAAUGUAACGAAUGUGGUAAGUCCUUUACUCGCCAGUCAGGCCUUAACAAACAUCACAAAAUCCAUACUGGAGAGAACCCUUGCCAAUAUAAUGAAUGUGGAAAGGCCUUUAACUGGCCCUCUGACCUUAAUGAACAUCGCUGCAUCCAUACUGGAGAGAAGCCUUACCAAUGCAAAGAAUGUGGCAAAUCCUUUACUCCCUACUCAACCCUUACCAAACAUCACAGAAUCCAUACCAGAGAGAAACCCUACCAAUGUAACGAAUGUGGCAAGACCUUUACCAAGCACUCACACUUUAUUGGACAUAAAAGAAUCCAUUCUGGAGAGAAAUGUUAGCAAUGUGAGUAAUGUGCCAAAGCAUUUAUCCAACACUCACCUUAUGAAACAUCACAGAUUUCAUACUAGCUUGAAGCUCUCCAAAUCUUAGAAUAUGGCUAGAUCUUUACGUGACCUUUACACUUUACUUGACGUCACAGAAUUCAUACUGGAUGAAAACCUUCCCAAUGUAAAAAAUGCAGUAAGGUGUUUAAUCACUUUUCAGCCUUUACGCAGUAUCAUACAAUUCAUCCUGGAGCAACUCUUCCAAAUUUGAAGGCUGUGAGAAAGGUUUUGUGGACUGUUCACCCCUUGCUUCACAUUGGAAACUUGAUCCUGGAGAAUAACCACUGAAUACGACAGCAUGUGGCAAGACUUCUAAGAACUGCUACACCCUGACUCCUGAUCAGAGAAGGAAUACUAGGAAAGAUGUUGCAAAUAUACAGAAUUUGGAGAGCAUGUUAAUUAGACCUGAAGCUUCAUUCUAUAUCACAGAAUUCAUACUGGAGGAAAAACGUAAAAUGUAAAGAAUGUAGUUAAAUGUGUAUGACUGCUCAACCCUACUCAGGAUCGCAGACUUUAUACUGAGGAGAAACAUUAAAAGUAAAGAAUGUGUUCCACCUAUAGCUGGAAGUCACAGCUUGCUCAAUUCCAUUGCUAUCUUACAGCAUAGAAAGAGAGAAAGAGAAGAGAAAAUUGCAGUGCUUACAUGCGGAGUUUGAUCCUUCAUCAAUACUUGAAAAAACACAUGAAAUUUAAAUUCUACAUGAUGACAUCAUGAAUGAGGCACGGCUUUCAUGCAAUGUACACUCGUCAGUGCAUGAAAGAUGGUAACAUUGAAGACAUACUUAGAAAAAUAUAAUUGAACAUCAAAUGUCAGUAAAUGUCACCAAAUUCACACUGGGAAGUAGUACAUCAGACUCUAUUCAGAAAUAUAUCAAAAUACUGAUGAUGAUGAAUAAUACAAAGGUAAACUCGAUGUAUAUGCUAUUAUGCCUCUAAAGAUUAAAUGGAUUUGUUGUCGGGAGCCAUUCUGACUCACAAGUUGAGAAUUCUCCUUGUGAGGUUAAGGCAGGUUUGCAAGGUCUCCUUCCAUCAAAUGAUGACCCACCUAGUUGUUUUUGCCUGAGCACCACCCUCCCUCCCACAAGGCCCCUUGUUGAUUGGUGUCUGGAGUGACAUGUCCCCUUAUUCUGGCCCCAAUACAUGCUGAUUGCACCUUGUGGAGGAACUUAUUAUAGGAACUUCUU